AUGCAUUCGUUCUCGAAAUUUAUCGACACUUUAUUUUAAAUGCAAACAAAGCACACGUAAUUUACAGCACAAAGUUGAUAAAAAGUCGGCCACUAUAAGUAGAUACAACAACAAACGAUCAAAGUUUAGGAUAAAACAUGGCCACUGCUGGAAAGCCCAUUGUGUGUCGAGCAGCCGUUGCCUGGGAACCAAAGAAACCCGUUACCAUUGAAACCAUUGAAGUAGCGCCACCUAAAGCCAGGGAAGUCAGAAUUAAGGUAAUUGCAAAUGGCGUUUGUCACUCAGAUUUGAGCGUGCUAGAUGGGAAGUCGUGGGACCCCAGAAUAAAAUGGCCUAUGAUACUCGGGCAUGAAGGGGCUGGAAUCGUUGAGAGCGUUGGUGAAGGCGUAACAGAAUACAAAGAAGGUGACCACGUGAUUCCCUUGUACCAGCCACAGUGUAAUGAAUGUGAUAACUGUAAAAGUACAAAGACAAAUAUAUGUAACAAGAUAAGACAAACUAUAGCGAUUGGUGUAAUGCCGGAUAACACCACAAGAUUUACGUGCAAAGGCCAGCCUGUACAUCAUUUUAUGGGCACGAGUACAUUCAGUGAAUAUACUGUGGUUGCAGAUAUUUCACUUUGCAAGAUUGACCCUGCUGCACCUUUAGAGAAAGUAUGUCUCAUUGGUUGUGGUAUAUCAACGGGUUAUGGCGCCGCUCUUAACACUGCUAAGGUGGACGAAGGUUCAACAUGUGCAGUGUGGGGUUUGGGCGCAGUUGGUCUGGCCACUGUGAUGGGUUGUAAAGCGGCUGGCGCUAAACGUAUUAUUGCUGUAGAUUUAAACCCUGAAAAAGAAGAACUUGCUAAACAAUUUGGUGCUACAGAAUUUAUUAACCCAUCGGAUCACGAUAAGCCAAUAGAAGCUGUGAUUGGUAUGAAAACAAUGGGAGGUUGUGAUUUUACAUUUGAAUGUAUCGGGCUAGUUUCAACAAUCCGAUCGGCAUUCUAUAGUUGCAGAGAGGGGUGGGGUAAGACAAUUGUUGUAGGAGUUGUACCGGCUGGUCAGGAGGUUUCAAUAUCUCCUCUAGCAUUCAAUGUCGGCAGAACAAUGACUGGAACGGUUUUUGGAGGCUGGAAAAGCAAAGAAGGCGUGCCGAAAUUGGUAGAUUUGUACAUGAAGAAUGAAUUAAUGGUAGACGAGUUUAUAUCAAAGAUGAUUGACCUAGAUGGUGUCAAUGAUGCAUUUGACCUUUUGCGUGGCGGAAAAGGGAUUAGAUCAGUGAUCAAAUUUUGACGGAACUGUUGCAGCCACCAUGAAGCAUACUAAGGACUUGAACCUUUUUCUUGAACGUUAUUUUGUUUAAUGCAAUUUGUUUGUUUUAUCAGUUUUAUGUAUAAACAGAUUUUUAUUCACAAUGAGUGUUUUCAUAUCUAUUAAACAUGUUUAUUUGUAUAAAAUAUGAGAAUAAUUCUUGGGAUUUUACCAAAUAUAUUGCUUCCACCCAUAUGCUGAAUAUUUUCAAUAUGUUCUCGGUAUUGAAAUAAGGGAUAUACACAUGCAAAUGUCCAUAAAUGAAAUAAAUGUUAUUGUUUCUA